AUGGACAGACCAAACACAAUUCUUGUCCUUCUCUUGCUCUAUCUCCAGAGUCAUAUUGUGCCUGUACAAUGUGACUCGAUAAUUGGCUACACGGUCACAGAUGGAACAACCCAAACGCUUAGUUGUCCGAGCUCACUAUCCUUCCGCACGACGUUUACCUUCGCUGGAGACACAGAUACAUACGCGCAUUGUGACUGGUUCACUACCGACGACAUUUAUCGUGUCGGCACCUCCUGUAUCGACAAUACGGCUUACUUCACCCAAUGGCUUGAAGAUGGUGGCAGUACCUCUUCUACACUGGUUUGCAACGGCGAUUGUGUGGCCGUCAGGUUGUACGAUAACCCCGACGAUUUAAAUGAUCUUAGAUGGCUGGUCAGCUGCGAUGACUCCAUCGGUGUUUCGACCCGUAUCAGCACCUUAUUCUUAGAAGACCCAACAGAUUGGGACACUACGACCGAAAGCACGACAACUACAAGCGAGUCAUCGACCACUGUGGCCGAUAGCGCAUCGUCAACGGAGUUUGAGACCAGUUCAUCCGCCACAUUUCCGUCGCCUACAUCAGAACCAGAAGAAACAGAGAGUCCCACUGAUAGAGGGAACAAAGGUGGUGAUGGGCCUAGUGGAGGUGUCAUCGCUGGUGCUGUAGUCGGCUCAAUCGUAGGCGUAGCACUAAUUGUCGGUAUCAUCAUCCUGGCUUUUAGGAUGGGACGAAGAAGCCGAGGCGAUACUGAAGGGACAAGUGGCGGCUUCAGAGAUUCACUGAGGUCUAUACCAAUACCAACCAUGACCUCUCCUCAACUUGAGCCGAAGCCGCCUGUUCCCGUCAUCCAGCCAGUAUUUGUACAGGACAGCCAGCCGUACCACAGCAACAAUUGA